CUCUGUCUUGUGAUUCUAAGUACAUGUUUAUGUACAAUCAGCAUUUACUGGUGUGCACAAGAAAAAAACAAAAAAUAUAUAUACAGAUAGAAUAACUUUAACUUCUGCAAAUAGUGCCAGUCUGACCAUUUGACUCAUGCAACUUCUGUUGGUAGUUCUCCUUUCUGAAUCUGACACCUCGGAGAGCUGAAGAGCCAAGCAAUUUUCACAGUUGCAUCCAUGGUUGAACGUUGUCGCUGACCAUCACAAAAUGAGCAUCACGAAGAAGAUUCUGCUCCUUACCCUUUUUCAAGGACUUGUGUGUCAGAGGUGGGAGUUCCCGUCCAGAAUUGAUGGUUUGGUUGGAUCCUGCGUGGAGAUUCCCUGUACAUUCCACCCCGAGAAUCCCGGGACAUCCAGUACUGUUUGGUAUUUAUAUCGAAGGAGAGGAUAUCCUCAGAUUUUUAACAGUCAAGAAAAUUCUUCCGUAUCAAUGGAUUACAGAGGCAGAACCUCGCUAGUACCUGGGAAUAAUAGCUGUUCACUGAUGAUAGACCCUGUGAGAAGAGAGGAUGACAAGUACUAUUACCCAGGGAUAGCAGAAGAUGUGUACAUGAAUGCCUAUUCCCGAAGUAGUACGUAUCUACAGCUCCAUGUCACAGACAAUCCAACCAUGCCGAAAAUGACUGGAAAUAAAGAAAUGGUUGAAGGACGUCCUGAGAAUGUUUCAUGCUCUGUACAGCACACAUGUGGCUCCAAUCCACCUUCUCUGAGGUUCAACAAAGCCGGCCAAUCCAAGAGACGAUGUGAAGAUCUAUCUGGAGGAAAAUGGAGAGAAAUAUUAACAAUCACAUAUAUUCCUUCAUAUGAAGAUGACAAUACGGGAAUUCAGUGCACAGCAACUUAUCAUAACGGGAGAACGACACAAAUGGCGGCACCACUGAGCAUCAGAUAUGCACCAAAAGAAGUGACGGUCAGCUACCCGGAAAAUGAAACGUUUAUGGAGGGCAGUGAUGUGACUUUAACAUGCUCAAGCAAUUCUAACCCUCCCGCACAUACGUAUGAAUGGCGCCUUGGGGAUAGCAAAACUAAAUUACGACUUGAAGAGCGAAUCAGAGUACAGAAUGUCAGCAAAGACACGGAACCCUAUUCUUGUGCUGCAAUAAAUGAUAUUGGGAGAGGAGAAUCGCCACCGACGCAGAUACCUGUACAAUAUCCUGCUACUGGAGUGCAAGUCACUGUGUUUCCAACAGAGGGAGCCACUGAGCUAAAUUGCAGCUUUCUGAGUAGUCACCCCAAUGUGACUCAUUACACCUGGAUCAAGGAUGGAAAUAGCCUAAUAAAUAAAACCAAACAGAUCCUGGUAUUAGACAGCGAUGGUGAAAAUUCUGGCUCAUACUCCUGCAUUGCUCACAACACAGCUGGAAGCUCCACCUCCGCGGAGCUGGAUUUUAAAGAUGCUCCACGAUUAUCAAAACUUACUGAAGAUGGAGAAAUGCUCGAAGGACGUCCUGAGAAUGUUUCAUGCUCCGUAGUGCACACACGGGUCUCCAAUCCACCUUCUCUAGAGUGGAACAAACCCGGCCAAACCGAGAAACGAUCGGAAAAGCUAUCUGGAGGAAAAUGGAGAGAAAUACUAACGAUUACAUAUGUUCCUUCACACGAGGAUGACGAAACACAAAUGGAGUGCACAGCAACUUAUCAUAAUGGAGAAAAAUCGCACAAGGCAACAACGCUCAACAUCCAAUAUCCUGCUACUGGAGUGCAAGUCAUUGUGCUUCCAACAGAGGGAGCCACUGAGCUAAAUUGCAGUUUUGUGAGUAGUCACCCCAAUGUGACUCAUUACACCUGGAUCAAGCAUGGAAAUAGCCUAAUAAAUAAAACUGAACAGAUCCUGGUAUUAGACAGCGAUGGUGAAAAUUCUGGCUCAUACUCCUGCAUUGCUCACAACACAGCUGGAAGCUCCACCUCCGCGGAGCUGGGUUUUAAAGAUAGCAAAGCCAAUUUAAUUCUAAUUCUGAUUCCUGGGAUUUUGGCCGGAGUCAUCCUUUUGAUCCUGAUCGUCUACAUGGUUACAAGAAAUAAAGCACGUCAAACAUCAAUAAGGCACGAGCCCAAGAAUUCACAACUAGACGACACAUAUAUGAAUCUUAUGAAAACAGAGACUCAUCCUGAAGCUGGAGGAAGAGAUUCAACUUCAGAAAAUCUUUAUGAAGACCUUCAGAGAAAAUAAUUAACUCCUUUAUGAGUUACAAGUAAACUGUUCUUUAUUCAUUGGAAAGGAAACAUUUUUACUAUGAGAAAUUUUCUUUCUUUCAUUUUUUUUUUUUUACAAUAGAUAUACUGUAUUUUAUUUGUUUUAUAAAUGUAUUCUAAACACCAAUGAUGAACAUUAAGUUUUUAGUACCCCCCCCACUCUAUUUUAACAUAGGGGCAGAUCCACGUACAGCGGCGCAUUAUUCCGCCGGGCGUAGCGUAUGUA